AUGGCCGAAAUGGCCGGCACGAUCUUUGGUGUUAUAUCUCUCUCCAUACAGCUGUUUGACAAGUUCAACACGUACACCAACAGUGUCAAAGAUGCAAGAAACAAGGCUGAACAGAUUACGCGCGAACUGGAUACACUGGUGAACCUUCUCGAGAAUCUGGAGACGAUCAUUAGCAGACUGGACCCUACUACAUCCGCCGCAUUUACCAGGAAUAGCAUCCAAGAAUGCGCACGCGCUAUUGAGGUAAUCAGAUCGAGACUUGGAGACGCCGCACCAGCGAUAAGCUCCGGAAGAUUCUGGACACGUUCUAGGAACGUCAUCAAGCGACUGACAUAUCCCUUCAAAGAGAAUGACAUUAAGUAUUGGAAAGAUGUCUUGGCCAGUAUUCAACAGAGUCUACAGAUCGCGUUGCUUGCGUCGCAAACCGAUCAGCAGCAACGGUAUUUCACGACUCUACAAGCGCAGCUUAGUCAACUUUCGCUCAAUACAAAUGCUGGAAUUCAAAUGAUUCUGGACCAGCAGCGACGCGCCCAGGCUCCGGCCGGACAGCACAUCAUGGACCAGAUCCAGAGCUCAGGCACGGAGAUCUCCAAUCAUCGAAGACACCAAAGAUCAGUGCAGUCCCCUUUCCAGGAUUAUGAUCAAACGUUUACUCAAGAGACACAAAUCAGCUCUCACUCUCCAAGCGCAGCGGAAACAGCGAGAUAUAACGAUCUUGACUACACGCUACUGCCAGUGUCUGCAAUUGGUCUAGAAGAGGAUAUCACGAGUUUUCAAAAUCUCGAGCGGAGGGUACGACCGAUGCAUUCCCAAUUGAAGAAGAAGCUGAAUACUUCUAUUUUUUGUAAUUGCCGCAAACGUCGCGAAGAGAAACAGUUUGUGUGGUCACCGUUUGUUGUGUCGCUGAACGAAGUGCACUCCCAUGACCCCAGUUGCCCGCUCUGGAUACCUGGGACUCACGAUAAAAACUUCGGCUUUGGAAUAGUACUGUGCUAUCUUAUCCUUGGACUGAAGCUUCGAGUUUUCAUGACACUGUCGAUUGCAAGUGGCACAUUCUCGAUAAAUCCAAGCUUAUCGGCACAUCGAAUCGUUUCUGAAGAAUCUUCCCCAGCGUUCAAGUUGAUUCGUUUGGUAACUGAAGGUGAUUCCCAAUGGGUACCUGAGGACUACUCUGCAGAGUUGACGAGGAUAUUCCAAACGCGUCAGGCGUCACCGCAUGACCGCUUGGAGAGCGGAUAUACGAUAUUACACUAUUUUUGUGGAAAAGCCGCGUGGACUAAAAAUACAAGUCACUGUGACCUGAUUAAAUAUCGGUCGAUGCUCAACCAGCUUCUACGCUACAUGUCUUAUGCAGAUGCAUCAGAGAUUGAUGAGAAUGGAAGAACAUGUGUAGAUACUAUCUUAUACCCUAGCCGCUUCGACGACUCAGUUGAUCAUAUACGAAAGUCACUUGCGUCCGAUCUCCUGCAGUAUGGUUUAAGAUUAUCACCAGCGAGCGGACCCUUUACGAGUCGCAAGUUUUGGUUCGAUAUUCCGUUUGCCAAAUUCCCAGAUCCUUUCGCUGGUCUUGAUGACUCAAUUGCAGCAGCGUUAUCGAGAUCAGAAGUGGAGUUCAGUAAACUGAUGCGAAGACGUCAUACUACCAAUAAUUCGCACAGGAAGGAAACUGCUGAGCUUUACAGAUUGGUAACUAGUAUGGGCUGGGUACGUGGCUGCCAGAUCCUCUUCGAUUAUGGGUUCAGUUACAUACCAGACACGCCCUGGCAGAGGCAAUCUCCGCCCUUGACCGGGUUGAGGUGGCAGAACUCUCUUCUCUACAAAGCCAUACGAUCGCGAAACCAGGCUAUGGUGCAAUUUUGGCUCGGUUUACGCGAAAACGCCGAGGCGGAUUGUCUCCCAUAUAUUGGGGACCUAGAAUUAGCCGUCACAGACGCUUCUGUAAUGUCCCCAGAAAACAUAGUAGAGACUCUCGUCAAGUGUCUGGUCGAACAAAGAUGCCGGCUCCAACAGAUAACAAGGAUAUCUGGCGUCACAUGCGAAUGUGUCACUGGAUCAACAGACAUCAUUGACGUCCACGCUGCUUGUGCACUGCGCGUACUCGACGAACAGGGUUUUGAGGUGAACAUCCUGCCCUGGAUGAGACCUGGAUACGUCGCUGCGUUCAAAGACUUAGAGGGACGAGACUCUAAUCUCCGGACAUUCAAAGAAAUUGUGCAGUGCGUUGCAAAAGCGGUCGGAGGUGUAGCACAUAGAUGGAUCGUCACUGAGUUCAUUCGGUUGUGUGUCUUUUCCUGGCUGGGCAUACGCCAUACCUGUUGCGACCUCGAUAAAACCUUGUUUGCUGACGAAUCCGACUUAUCGCGUCAGCCCUUACCACGAUAUCCUCCAGACGAGUUACAAAGAAUCCAGGAAGAAGACGCGUAUCUCACGGUAGUUCUGGAGGACAUGGUGCCUUUUUUCGACGCCCGGUAUGACACGCACGAAGGCGAUCUUCAAUCUUUCGUGGACGACAUCCUACUACCGGAGAUGGAGACCGUACUGGACCGACUGAAGCAAGAGGAUGAGGCUACAUAUGCCGCGAGCAGGCGGGAAAUGGGAGUUGUCAUGGUUGACGAAUGCGAGAGUGGUGCAUGA